AUGACCAAGGGCGCUUGGAUGUGUCGGCAGCAAGAUGACGGAUUAAAAAUUUGGUAUGUCCCCCGUCAGAACGACAAGCCCUGCACAGAUUCAGAACGGGCCCAGAAAUGGCGACUGUCUUUAGCAGCUCUCUUGUUUUUCACGGUCCUGCUCUCUGAUCACUUGUGGCUGUGUGCAGAGGCAAAUCUGACCAGGACCAGAGACCAGGAGCGAGGCACCUUGGCAGACAUGGGCGAGGAGCUAACAGCAGCAAAGCAUGUACUUUUCCCCGUAUCCCUUAGACCUGAACAGACAAGGAAAACCAUCAGCAGUGACAAACAUACUAUUUUUAUAGAUAAUACUACUAGCAGACCUGCGUGGCAACUAGAAACGUGCUCCCCACAUUGUCUAUCUGGGCAGUGGUUUAUUGUUGAAGAUGCAGAGUCUGUCUGUGGAAGCGUGAGUGGGGAAGCAAGCUACGGCACCUCUCCGCUGUCUUUCAGCAAUUUCCACCUUUCCUUUUGUGAAUCUUAUACCCUUUUGGAACUGUUUACCGGGAUGCCUACACCAGAGGGCUCGAAUUGCGACCUGGAUGUGGUUAUGGAUGGAGAUGCCAAGGUCUGCCUUAAAUGUGUUGAGACUUAUCAGCGGUUAGACCAGCACGCCCAGGAGAAAUACGAUGAGUUCCAGGUCUUGUUCCAGAAGUAUUUGCAAUCAGGAGAAUACUCCGUGAAAAGUUGCAUUGAGGACUGCAAGGCUGUCUACAAAGCCUGGCUGUGUUCCCAGUAUUUUGAAGCCACACAGUUUCAUUGUAGUUCCAGAAUUCCUUGCAAGCAAUACUGUUUGGAGGUCCAGACCAGGUGUCCAUUUGUUUUACCGGACAAUGAGGAUCUUGUCUAUGGUGGAUUGCCAAGUUUCCUUUGUACAGAGCUGCCCAACAAUCAUCCAACGAAUGCCGAGCCUGAGUGCUGUGACAUCAGAUGGGAGUUCCAUAAUUCAGUUUCAAAUAAACAAUCCGAAGGGACAAGAGAAACAACCAAUCCAAUGUCGUGUCACAGGUCCUCGCUUGCUUCAUCAGUUGCAUCAAGACUGUGCAACACUAGACUCAAGUUAUGCAUCCUGGUACUCAUUCUGUUGCAUACUGUAGUGACAGUCUCUGCCACACAGACUAGUACUGGAUUGGACUUUGGAGGGCUUACAACUUGGGAAGAUAACUCAACCAAUGAUGAGUAA